CCCUUCCAUUUUAUUUCCUAUAUGCUAAGCAAUUCCUAUCCGAUUGUGUAAUUUGCAGGCUUGCGUUGCGCGUAGCGGCAGUGUAUGUUCGGACUUCCCAGAGGACGCGAAUUGGGAUAAUUGAGUGUGUUUUUGUUGUUUUGUGACUUGAAUUGAGCGUGAAAAGUGUAUCUUCCAUAUCCAAAUGAUUACGGAUUUAUGGCGGUGCGAAUUCUUCAACUCUGCCUUGUGUUUGCAGUAGGAUUUCCGAUCGGCCCUGUCACAGCUCUGAACGGAUCUAGCAGGGCCCUCUGUCUCGAAACUUCGGCCUCUUUCAAUCAGUCAGCCAAACACAAUGUGUCCAUACAAUUCCUGCAGGAACCCUCCGACCUGGUGGCAGUUCGGGGGCAGAACAUCACCCUGCAAUGCUUUGCCAAAUCCACUACAGGCAACAUCAACAUCUCAUGGUUGUACGAAGGGAUGCCAGUCCCACAGGAAGAUCCGCGAUGGAUGGUCAAUGGAGCGGAUUUGCUGGUGCUCCAAACUACUGGAGACACAAAAAUCGCCUCCAGAAGCAACACGGGGGACUACAGCUGUUUGGCCGCUAAUGAGGAUGGGGCGAUCGUGUCCAGAACGGCGAAAGUUAAAGUUGCCAGAUUGUUGCCAGCCACUGAUUACCAGUUUCGCGUCAUAACCCAGUACAAUCCACAAGAUGAGCUUUGGCUGAUGUACAGCCUGCCCGAGUUUCUGGGCAAUGACUCGAUGGAUGCCACAAGUGAAUUGCGCGCCCCAAAAUACCUGCAUGAAGAUUUCACGACUUCGACCAGCACCCGAUUAUCGUGGGACAGAGUCUCGAAUGCCAAAUUUUAUACGGUUUGCUAUGUGCCUACCAAAGAUGAAAGAGAAUGCGAACAGGGCAAUUUCGCCAAGAGCUACUCUCCAAAGGUUGAAGUAUCAAAGCUGCAGCCCAAUACCGAAUAUAUAUUUAAAGUGCGAGCACAUGACUCGAAUAGUGUACCUGGUGGCUUAUCGCAGCCUUUAAGAGUGCGAACGCCCGCUGAUGUGCCUUCUCCCGUGGUUGAACUGGGAUUUAGCUUCCUAAAUUCGACCACAGUUUGCGUUUAUUGGCAGCCACCGGCAAUUCAGAAUGGCCCGUUGGAAAACUAUGUGGUUUCCUACACAACCGACCCAAAUUGGUCGUUGGAACAUUUGCUGAACUUCACCGUGGCUGCAGAUCAAAGAAAACCGCAAAGCUGUCGCGAUAAUAAUAAAACUGGCUUGGUAUCGACGUUUCUAACGAAUCUUUCCACUGAUGACACCUAUUUUGUGAUGGUCCGAGCGGCUAACGAUGUUGGUAUUGGCCAACCGUGUCCGCCUAUUAUCGUGCGGACUUUUCACAUGUCGAAAAACCCCAAUGGCAUGCUGAAUGGGUCAGAUGUAGCCGGUAAACAGAGACUUGGAAUCAUUCUCGGAAUUUUAAUGGCGGCUCUAUGCAUUCUGUGCUGUGUGUCGUUCAUUUUAUUGAGGAGGCGAUGCUUGAAGAGGCGAGCGAAUACGCGAGCCCGCUUGGCCAUGUCCAGCAACUAUCAUCCGGUUGUUGCCCAUUACAGAUCGCAACUCGGCACCGUUCAAGUCAGAAUGGAUGAGCCAUGCUCGAUCGCCCACCACGAAGUGGAACAACUGGUAGCCGAAGAACCGUAUCCACAUAUACCGCCGGCUACUCCCGAGCAGCUUGACACAAAGGGUGCCAGAGAUCUUCCCAACGGUUGUGUGAACGGCAUCGGCAAACAGUCUCACGUGAAUGGGAAGGUACUUAAUGGUGAUGUCCAUAUCACAGAAAAUCCACAGUAUUAUGCAUUCGAAUGUAACGGCAACUUGGCAAAAAACAAGUCAGAGCCACUGUUGAGGCACUACGAAGAGGACCCGAAUUCCAAUGUAAACCCAUCGAAAUUCUACGACUUUUAUAAGUUUUUCGACAGUGCGAAACGGUGCAAACAAUCCCCAGAUAAAAAUGGUCAUUUGCCCUCGAAAUCGAAUGGGUCGAGUGCGGAAAAUUCCCUCAAUUCUACGCAGCUUUCGUUCCUGGAUGGUUCAAUGGCCAGUAAUAGGCGGUUGUCACCAGUACUCGAACCGAAUGGUUAACCGACGGUAAACGCAAAUUCCGUUGUUGCUUCUAGAGAAAAUUUUCAAUAUUCAAAGCCUUACAAUAGAUAGAAAAUGGUUGACCAUAUUCUUAACCGACUGAUUUUUACAUUAAGUAUUUAAGGCUGUUGCUAACAGCUUACCAGAAACUAUUUAUCGAAAUGUUGCGAAUGCUUUUGGGAAAGUACCGGACCGUUCAGGACAUUUUCUCUGAUAGGAACUCUAGUUUUCUAUCUAGUCUUCUUAGUUUUUAGGCUUGGGGCGCUUCUGUUCCAGGAUAUCUGGUGCGCUAAUCACGCAAAAUAAGGAAAACUAGGCUCAAUUGCUUGGUCCCAAGAAAACUCUGAAAUCGCCUAGGAAAGAACGCUGGUUGAAUCAAACUCUCGUGAGUUUGUCUGCAAUUUCUAAAGUUUGCAUUUAAAAAUUGGGAAAAUCGCAGAAUUUUACUCUGACUACUUUCGACUUCGUGCUUUUUUUGGUCUUUUAACUGGAAAAGUGUCGAAAACCACUUGAGUUGGGAAGUUUGGAUCACUUCUUUGAUUUCAAGUUGCAUUCGAUCAUGUGGUUUUGCUUACCAUAAUCAUUAACGUUUGUUUCACAUUCACACACUAUACCAGUCUGCCCAAGGGUAACAAUUUGGCGGCACAUUUGUCGUUUUCCCAUGAAAUUUUGAGCAUCUUGUAACGAAACCGUUAGGUAUGAGCAGCUAAACGAAAUCAUUACUACAUUGGUGUUUCUGAAAAUAAUGUACAAAAUUGUAAGUUUAUAUGUUUAUCGAAUCUUGUGUGAACAAUGUCUGAGAAGAAAACCGCCGUACUUCUGUGUUUUAACAAGAUCUAUCUAAUAUGUGUUUAUGUGUAAGCAUGUUGGAUUUUGCUAUAUUAUUGCAAAGCAUGCGAAAAUGAUUCGAAGUGGUGAUGGUGGAUGGGAUUUCAACAACUUUGCAAUAAUCCGAAAAUAACAAAGUCUGCAAUAAUUACGUAUGUGGUAAGUUUGUGUUUAGAUAUAACAGGAAAUCUUCGGAGUACCCAAAAUACGCUCCCAAAGCAGACACAGUUGCUCAAAUAUGAAAAUGGUUGCUUUCAUAUUUUUAUAUCCAUGUAACAAAUUAAUUCAUUUCCCUUAAGAGGACUUGAAGAUUUCGAGUCGACCUUUAUAUUGUUAGCUUUUUUUGGAUCUGGUUCAUUGAUCUGAUUUGAAUACAUUUUGCCCAACGCUUCGAAUGGCAAAAUUUAUUAAAAUGAGUACAAUGUUUUCUGUAACAAUUUGAAAUAUGAAAUAUGUACCUGACAUACCUAACAUAUAUACAGUUAGUAAGAUUUUUUGUACAGUUAGAUGUAAUGUUAGUUUUAAGUGCGUGAUUGGAUAUGCGAGCGUGCGAAUGAUAUUAAUUUUUAACAAAACAAUCAGACCAAACAUUUGCACCUUUCCAUAAUGUGUUUGCCUGCGCAUCACUGAAGGGUUCUUAGUUUUGGCCUGACACAAGUGUUGAAUCAGUACUGAUUGUGUUGAUUGUUCUUGAAAAUAUUACAUAUAUGCAACGUUACCAGAUUAUCCAGGUUAAUUUAAAGGUUGUUAAAAGGCCGCGUUUGAUUUGCGUCAAAAAAAUUCAGAAUUCCCCACUUGAGUGUGGUUAACUAUGUAAACAGUAGACCCUUUAUUUAUGUGAUUCGAUCGUCUAGUUUAACAACCUUUAAUCUAUGUAAUAUUUUAUCCAAAGAUUAAUAGCAAUUGUGGCUUUAACUUGACUCAACAACUCAAAACUCAUCGGUGUCUACAUGUUUAGUCGAUGUAUGUAUAUGUGUGUUAACUUUCUUGGCUUUUUCUACGCCAAGAAGAUCGAAUCAUCCGCACUUGAGUUGCGUUAAAGUGACCAUAAAUCCUUAAAGUACAGUCUUAAAAAAUAUUACAUUUUAUAAACUCGAAUUACAUCAUUACAUGUUUCAGAAUUAAUUCCGAUUUAAAGUUAAAAUAACACUUGAGGUGUGCCUUCGCUAUGUGUGUACAAAACCAAAAGAAAUAAUAGAUUUGAAAACAACGACUUAGUUAAUAUUUGUAUAUAAAAGUCAUUCUAAACAACAGAUAUACAGAGUGGUUGUAGCUCCAAAACCACACUAGAAGUUCAAUUUUUAUCAUGUAAUGGGUUUCGGGCUAUUUCGCACCCUGUUUUGUUCAGAAUUUUUGAUCAAUUCACAUUGCAAUAAAACGUUUUUGUUGUAUGUUCGCGUAUGAAAGCAAAAAUCGUCUGAUUUUUCACCAGCUAUAUUGUGGGCAGUUGGACGAUUUCUUCGUAGGCGAGUUCACAUAUUUAUUUUCAAUGAUAAGCUUCGACAGAUAAAAUGAAUAGGAACAAACUUGGAAGUUUUAGCUACUUUUCAAUGAAAAAAUUAUAAAUUAAAAAUUCAAAUUGCCGAUUUGGACGAUGGUUUGCUGUUUGAAGUUUGCCAUAGAGCUUGAGCCCACCACUCUACAGGGGAUAGUAAGUUUACUCUUUUGAUAUACGGGUAAAAAACCAGUAAAGAUAGAGAUUUCAUAAAUCUUAGCAAGAAAAAACGAUCACUUAAAGAAAAAUGGGACACUAAUAAGUAUUAAUGUCCAAUUUUUCUCUUCUAACUCAAUUAGGCGUUCAGUUAUUGCAAACUAUUGAAGUUAUAGAAAACGUAAAAAUUCAUGAAAAACCCAAGAUCGACUCAGAAUUUCAACAUUGAAUUUAGCUUUCUAGUUCUUCAUCUAUCGAUAGAGUAAAAUUACGCAAUUCCCUGUAUAGGCAGAUUCUUUAAAAAAUCCGAUGCAAAACCAAUGACUUGAAAGUGUAAGAUAUUUUAAGAAAAUAAAAUGCUCAAAUAUUAUUAAACAUCGGUAUGUACAUAUAGCGGGUAGAAAAUCAUAAGGUAAAACGAAAAUUUAUCAUAAUAGCCGAUCACUGUGAAAAGUUGAUUUUCUUAAUUAAUUUUUCCUACAUACCUACUUAAUAGUUUUCAGGGUUCCACAGUAACAAUUUACCUCAAAUACAUUCCUUGUUACACAAAUACAAAUAAUUAUUUUAAGAUUCUCCCUCAGUUACUGUUUCACUGUGUUUAAACCAGUAUUUGCUUCACCGAUAGAAUUCGCGUUCACUUAACAUUCCAUUUUCAGUCUAAGCAACGUUACCAGGCCGAAAUGCAAUAUUUCUGAAUGAGUAGAAACACCAUCAAUUGUUAAACAUUCCGAUGUAAACCGGUGUACAAAUGAACUAUCUGAAGCAAUAUGCUUUUCAACAAUUUUAAUUUCUGUGCUUCGAUUUUAUUUAUAUAGAUAUAUCGCUCUGGCUGUUGGUUCUAUUUGACAUUGAAUUUGCUGAUUUCACUAUACCACCCUAUCUUGUUCAAUAGCCCCGUAAUGAUUGUUUCCAUAUACGUACAAGUAAAAAUGUCUUCAUUAGUUACCUUCAAUCUGUUAAUUUAUUGUUUAGUUUAACAUUAUUAUUUAUCCAAAGUAAUUUUAAUCGUAAUGUUCGCUUUUGUGACGUGUCAAUUAAUUUCAACGGAUACUAGCAGUUGUGAAGAAAUUGUUUUUUUUUGUUUAUUGACUAAUCAGCUCCUCAAAUGAGUUGUUUGUGAAGCAAUAGAAACCAUCUUCUUUGUUGACACCUCACGUUUGAGAAGAAUACUUAGUUAAUUUUAAGGCAAGCAUCUACCUCAUGUAAAAACUAAUAAUGUAGUCGUUUAUUUACUUUGUCCUAAUAUUCUUAAUUAAACAUUAGGUCUUGUUUAAGUCGCCUUGCGUUGUAAAUUCAUUAGAUGAUGACAGAGUUGUUAUAGUGUUUAAGUUGUGUUACGAUCUUAGCAAGUAAGAUGAAUUGCUUUUAGGUAUGUUGAAAAACCAAGUUCCCAUUGCAUUCAACAAAAAAACCCGUGAGAUCUGAUGAAAAUGACAAAACUAAACUGUACCCAUAAGUCUGAUUAGUUGAGGCUGCUGCGAUAUUCUUAGCGAUAAUGGUCUUUUAUUUUUUCCUACGACUUUAAUUCAUGUUUUAAAGGGAUUUGCUAACACUUGUUUUACAAUAGAUACUCUUUGGUGCUGGAUUUGUCGAAUGUCUUAACGGCCAUUCGGCAACUUAAUUGUUGAUCCUACUCGAUGUGCAAUAAGUUCAAACGUUUCCUACUACAUAUAUUUUGAGCAGCUUUAACGAAUUGUUUUUAGCAGUCCCUAUAAGGUUGAAUACUAAAUGUUAACUUUUUGUAAGAUGGAUUUACUGUGGCCAGCGAAUACAGUUUUACCACGACAUUCACGGCCACAGUAAAUCAAUUUGUGUACUUUACUGUUUGUUGUGGAUUAAAACUGUAUAAAUAUUUAAAAUCACUGUGUAAACAUGUUAUAUUUUUGUACGCUUGAAUGAAUGCAUUAUGAAAUACAUAUAUUGAAAAUAA